GAGUCCAAAAACAACCAAGAACUCAUUCUAUAUAUAUUAAUAAAAACUCCACGCAUCCCACAUGGAACUCCAAUGGAGACUUCACAGUGAUCAUUAUUUCGACUUCAUAUACAAGACGACACAGUUGUAAGAUACCAUCGCCAUUUCAACGAAACAACCAACACCAUAACACCACGACGUCGUUUUCCAUCACACUAAACAAUGUCAUAUAAAAGAGACUAAUAACAGAUUCAUCAUAGAUCACAACAAGAUCCACAAACUUCAAUCAAUCAAUCAAUGGAGGUUAAAUCCAGAGCUCCCGGUAAAAUCAUCCUCGCCGGCGAACACGCCGUUGUUCACGGAUCAACCGCCGUCGCUUCUUCCAUCGCUUUAUACACCUACGUCUCUCUCCGCUUCUCCACUCCUUCUUCCGAUAAUGAAGAAUCGUUGAAACUUGUUCUGAAGGAUGUGGAUUUGGAAUUCUCGUGGCCGAUUAGUAGAAUUAGAAAAGCUUUUCCUGAUUUUGUUGCUUUGUCAUCUUCAUCGCCUGCUUCGUGCUCUGUUGACAGUACCAAAUCGAUUGCGGCUUUAGUUGAAGAACUUAGUAUACCUGAGGCUAAAAUUGGACUUGCUUCUGGAGUUUCUGCUUUUCUUUGGUUAUACUUGUCUAUUCAAGGAUUUAAGCCUGCUACUGUGGUUAUCUCUUCUGAACUUCCUUUGGGUGCGGGCUUGGGUUCUUCGGCUGCAUUCUGUGUUUCUCUGGCAGCAGCCUUGCUUUCUGUCACUGAUUCUGUUUCUGUGGAUGUGUGCCAGCAAGGGUGGCAAUCUUUUGGAGAGAAAGAACUUGAUUUGGUAAAUAAAUGGGCUUUUGAAGGUGAGAAGAUCAUCCAUGGAAAGCCCUCUGGAAUUGACAAUACAGUCAGUUCAUAUGGUAACAUUAUCAGCUUCAAAUCUGGUAACUUGACACGGAUGAAGUCAAAUUUGCCCCUUAAAAUGCUUAUUACCAACACGAAAGUAGGUAGAAACACAAAAGCAUUGGUAGCUGGUGUUUCGGAGAGAAUGCUGAGGCACCCAGGUGCCAUGGCUUUUGUGUUUAGUGCAGUUGAUUCUAUCAGCAAAGAAUUGACUACCGUUCUUCAGUCACCUACACCAGAUCAUCUCACUGUUACCCAGAUUGAAGAGAAGGUAGAAGAACUAAUGGAAAUGAAUCAAGGUCUGCUCCAGAGUAUGGGGGUUAGUCAUGCCACAAUAGAAACUGUUCUACAAACAACAUUGAAGUACAAGUUAGCUUCUAAAUUGACAGGAGCUGGUGGUGGGGGAUGUGUUCUGACAUUGCUUCCAACAUUGCUAUCGACCACCAUUGUUGAUAAAGUUAUUGCUGAACUGGAGUCAAACGGGUUCCAAUGUUUCAUUGCCAGAAUUGGUGGCAAUGGUGUUGAAAUUAGUUUUGAGCAUUCAUCUUGAUGUUUAUUUUUUAUUUUUCCUAGGAAUGAGGUCAAUGAUCGAGAUCUGAUUAAUAAAUAGUAUGAUAGUACAUGUAUCUCUUUGUAACAUUUUUGUGCAUUUUGAAAUUCUAGACAAGCCAAUGUAAUGUGGUAGCUCACGCUAUUGUUAGGGUAGCUCACUAAUCAAGCUUGUACUCAGUUAUUUGCUUUGUUUACUUCCAUUCCUGAUUGUAUUGUUCAUCUUAUUGAAAGUUAUAUGCAAUAGUCUUUUUGCAGUCAAAAAGAAAAAGCAGAAGUCUGUAGUUUAUUCUGUAAAAAUAUUAUUCAAUCCUGAACAGAAAUUGAAGGUUAUAAAUUCGGAUACGAAUACAGAUCAUGAUGUCAAUCAAUGAGACCAGGAACUCCCCAAAAUACCAAAUGCAAGUUAGUAAGUGCUAUUAUAUUUCAUAUAUUUCACUAUCCAUUAUUAACUUCUGCAUGUCAUAAAUAAUCGAUUCUCCUAUAUGAGCUAGCUUUCUUGAAUCUCUAAUUAUUUAUUUUAGCUCAUUUUAACCCUCACCAAAUUAUGUUACUCCAACUCUUAUAGUGGAAAAGCUCCCCUCAAAUUCACCCUACCAUUCCACAGGUAUGUUUUUAUAACACUGUCUCUUUAUUCUCAUCUCUAACUUCUAAUUUUAGGGUAUAUUGAAUUUCCAUAAUUUUAUGGAAAGAUUAAUUAACGUCUAAUGAAGACUCAGGUAAACACGAAAUUCUACAACCAAUCAACCAUAAUAUUAAUUAUGACAAGACAUAUUCCAUGCAGUAUAUAUAUAUAUACUAUUUUAUUUGAUAAGGUUAAUACAUUUUAGAGCAAAAUGUACUGCAUAUACAUCAUACUACACUGACUGAUGUUCAGCCAUUCAUAACAUAGAUUACAUACGCAAAACCACAAAAUACAUUGCACAUAGAUCACUGCACAUAGAUCAAGAGCACCAUUGCACAUAGAUCAAGAGCACCGCCUAUGCAUUCACAACGGUUCCACCUAAUAAAAUUAAAAAAUGUUAGAAAAACCAUACUGAAAAGUAAAAUAAAAUAGAUGUUAGAAAAACCAUACAAUGUGUAAAAAAAUAUAACAUGAAGCAUAUAUAUGUGUAUCACCAUUGGGGUGGAGGACUUGGCCGGUUAUGUAAGAGGAGCACUGGUUGGAAGCAAGAAACACAAAGGAAGGAGCAACCUCAAUAGGCUGCCCAGCUCUCUUCAUUGGCACAUCAGAACCAAACUCAGCAGUUUUUUCCUCCUUGAAAGAAGCUGGUAUUAAUGGAGUCCAAAUAGGUCCAGGUGCAACUCCAUUCACUCUUAUUCCCUUGCUCACAAGCUGUAGCGAAAGUGCCCUUGUAAAGGCCACAAUUGCACCCUUAGUAGACGUAUAGUCAAUUAAUGUUGGGUGCCCCUUGUAUGCAUUCACUGAUGUUGUGUUAAUAAUGCUACUUCCCUCCUUCAUAUGCUUCAGGGCAUGCCUAUAUUGUACAAUAGUUUGUCAAACCCAAAAUCAUGAAAUCAUAUCUGCUUUAUUUAAUUCUAAUUAAGAGCUUAAAGACUGUAAUGACUUAAUAAACAUGCAUAUUUAAAUGUUGGUUGAAAUGUAAAUAAAAAAUUAUAGAAACUUGUAGCUUAAGUAACAAGUGCAUUCAAUAUUAUUUAAAUAGUCUUGGAUGGGGUAAUCCCACUUGUAGGAUAAGGCUAAGGCUUAGUUGUUUUAGUUGUUGUUGUUGUUGUCUUGAAAGGGGUACUAAAGUUAAAUAAUCAUCAUUAAUCUAUAAAAAAGUUUAAUACUUGUGAGAUAUUUUAAAAAGUAUUAAUGUUAAAGAUGAUGAAAACUUGUAACAUUUAUUACCUGGUCAUGAAGAAAUAAGAGAAGAUGUUAGUUCUAAACACCCUCUCAAGUCUUGGUUCAUCAAUCUCUUCAACUGAACCACACUCAUAUUGCUCAGCUGCAUUGUUGACAAGAAUGUCAAUUCUUCCAUAAGCUUUGAUAACCUCAUCAACCACUAUUUUGCAAUCCUCGUCAAAACCGAGGUCAGCUGGUAUAGCCAGUGGAUCUUUAGCAUCUGCAGUCUUAGCCCUUUUUAUCAUAGCAAGUGUGUCCUUUGCGUCCUUCUCCUCAUGCCCCUUCACAAAUGUGAAAACCACAGUGGCACCCUCUAAUGCAAAUAAAUUGCAUACUGCACGUCCUAUUCCAGAGUCACCCCCAGUCACUAAUGCUACCUUUCCCUGAAAAACAAAAAAUAUUAUUAAAUUGGUUGUUUUUUUUUA